UCAUUUCCAACACAUUUUUCCAGUUACAUCUCCCCGUACCCCCCAAAAAAAUAAAGAAAAAUAGUGAAUUUCAUUCACAAAGAAGUUACUCUGCUUUCCUGAGAUCAACACAACACAAAACAGGUGUCCUCCUCCUACUCUCCAACUUCCACAGCAUCGUUCUCCUCGAAACGUAUCGCAAUCGUCGAGAAACAGCAUCAAUUUGCGUGGCGGAGUUUGCUAUAUCAAUCUGCGUAGUUAAGAGGAGAAUUUUCACCUAAAGAAGAAGAAAAUGCUAGGGGAUGGAGCCCAAACCCCUAGUCGGUCUGAUUUGCUAUGUAUGGUGAAAAAGAAUUCAAAGAUGUUAGGGAAAACCAUAGUGGAAGAUGAAGAAACAUCGGAUGUUGAAACAGAUCCCGUUUUCUGGCAUGACAUUAUGGACGUGUAUUUCAUUCGUGGCAGGGAGUCUAGGGGGCGUCAGGAAGACGAUCUUGUAUUUUUUGUUAAAAAAUUGCAUUUGCAGAAUCACGGGUCAAAUGAAGAUGAAUCUGUGAACUCGCCAUACUUUGUACGCAGGUGGGCACCUAAGUUGGAUGACUUAACUGGCGCAAGUUCAUCAGAUGUUGAUUGGAGGCGCUCCUUUUACUUGAACUUAAUUGCUCAAACUUCUUUUAGUGUGACGGUGGCAAUUUGUAGUCAGCAGGUCCUUAAGAAUUACCAAACUGGCAAAGACAAACCAUUAUCUCCUAUAUACAAGGUUAUCAAAACUGUCUAUGCGUCUCCAAGUCGUAUCAAUUUUCACUUGGACUCAAGGAAGGAAGUAGAAACGACCUCUGCCUACCCAGAGAUAUGUUUUGCAGUUGAUGACUUUGAUUCCACUUUUGAUGCAGUGGUCUUGACAGAUGUAGAUCACUGCUAUUGUGUACUUUUAAAUGCACAUGAUGGGGCUGCAUUCCCGAGCGAGAGAAAACAACAGGACUACAGUCCUGCUAAUUCUUCAAAGAGUGAUACAAGUUCUGGAAAAGUACCAACUUCAAAGAUCACUCUUUUCUCAGGCUUCGUUAGCUAUCAAAUGGUCCGAGAUGCAUAUGAUGCUGGAAGGUCUGGAUUUGGGAGCCUUCUCUCACUUCAUUCUGUCGGGAAAACUGACAGAAUUUACAUGAAAGGCCCUGGAGGACGUGGGGAAGUUGAAGUAGCUGUGUCUGGUGUUGUAGAUCAAAGCAAGCAGGACUUCAGCCAUCAAUCUGUAGAUAACGACUCUAGAAAAGGAUUAAGCUUCAGUGCUGUUGUGCGACGAGCUGCAUCAGUUGCAUCAGAGGCAGCAAAGCAUGCAUAUGCUGCUGCUUCUGCUACCCGAGAUGAAGGAAUGAUCCCCCUUAAGUGCUGCUUGAUGUCUAUAUCAUUACCUUGGGAACAUAUUGCUCAUGAUCUUUUGUUCAAGGGAAGUCCUCCAGUUAACCUGUAAGAGUGCCUUGUGGAUUUCAAAGAGGACCGUAUAAUCUCUUCAUCAAACUCAAUAGAAUAAUAGGACUUAAAAAGUUUUUGACUCCAGAGAUGGAGAAGACUAAAGAACGUUACAGGAAGGCGAGAUGGCUGCUACAUUAUGAACAGAAAAAAGUGGUGAUAAUAUGUAUAUAAGUUGCCUAUCCCCAUUUCCCCCACAAGAUUUGCUUCCCAUGCACAGCAUAUUAGCAGAUAUCGAACUGUUGUGUUGAAUUGGCGUGUUAUUUGCUAUCUACUUUUGUUCAUUAUAAACAAAUGCUUUUAGUUUAGCUACCUGAGAUUCAUUUAUUGCUCUA